UAAUUUGAGAAAGCUGGAUUUUAGCAUUUCCUCAGUCGAUGACUGACAGUGAAAAUUAGCUCCGAUCAAUUCUGACUGGUUUCUCAAAUGUCAAUCUCGCCAUGAAAAUUCCAGAGGCCAUUUCUUCCAAACUUGCUUUUUGAUAACAUACAAUCGUAGUCUUGGCCUGAAAAUCGCCUUUUCCGAGCCAAUCCAAUCCACAGAGCUCUAAAGCUACUUCAGCCAUGGCGGCGAAAUUGAAGUUAAGGUCGUCGUCGUUUCCGGCGGCGAUGUGCGGCUUGGUUCUGGCGCUGAGCUUGCUUGCGUUCGUAUCGGAAUCGAAAUCGCCUCAGGCGUUCAGGAGAGAUCCGGGACACCCGCAGUGGCACCACAGCGCCUUCCACGACGUCCGAGACAGCAUUCGAUCCGAUGUCCGUCGAAUGUUGCAUUCUCGAGCUGAGGUACCAUUCCAAGUUCCGCUUGAAGUAAAUGUAGUUCUCAUCGGUUUCAAUGACGACGGUGGUUAUAGAUACUCUUUAGAUGCGCACAAAUUGGAAGAGUUCUUGAGAGUCAGCUUUCCAUCACACAGGCCCUCUUGUUUCGAGACAGGCGAGCUUCUUGAUAUCGAGCAUCAUAUCGUCUUUAACGCAUUUCCUGCUGGGCAGCCAGAGCUGAUAGCUCUAGAGAAGGCACUGAAAGAUAAUAUGGUUUCGACAGGGACAGCAAGAGAGGCUGGUUUUGGAAGAGAGGUGCCUUUGUUUGAAGUUGAGGCAACAGCUGUAGAGCCAGUAUUUCAGAGGUUAUAUUCCUACAUAUUUGACAUGGAUAGUAUGGCCUCGUCAGCAGAAGAGAUGGACAGACCCGUGCCUAAUGCAAUAUUUAUUGUCAAUUUCGAUAAGGUAAGGAUGGAUCCUAGGAAAAAUGACACUGAUCUCGACGACUUCAUGUACGGAAAAGUUUCCCAGCUAACCGAGGAAGACAAGAAAGGACAAGAAGGAGGCUAUAUCUAUCGCUACCGAUAUAAUGGAGGUGGAGCAACUCAAGUAUGGCUAGGCUCUGGCAGAUUUGUUGUGAUUGAUCUCUCAGCAGGCCCGUGCACGUAUGGAAAGAUUGAAACUGAAGAGGGUAGUGUGAGUCCUAGGACACUCCCACGUUUACAGAAUGUGAUGGUUUCAACUGGUCUAGCUAUGAUUACCGAUCAUAUUACUCAUGAUACCUUCACUGGUCAACUUGCCUCUUUGAUAUCCACAACGGUGGAGCAUGUUAUUGCUCCGGAUGCUAGAUUUGAAACUGUUGAUCUUGCAACAAGGCUGCUUAUACCAAUAAUUGUCCUUCAAAAUCAUAAUAGAUACAACCUUAUGGAUAAGGGCCACAACUAUAGUAUAAAUCUGGAAGCAAUUGAGACAGAGGUAAAGAAGAUGGUUCAUGAUGGUGAAGAAGUAGUUCUUAUUGGGGGUUCACAUUUGUUACAUCGCCAUGAGAAGCUGGCUAUUGCUGUUGCAACAGCCAUGCGAGGCCAUUCCCUCCAAGAAACCAAGAAGGAUGGUCGUUUCCAUGUCCAUACCAAGACAUAUCUAGACGGUGCUCUUCUUAAGGAAGAAAUGGAACGUUCCACCGAUUUACUUGCUGCUGGUUUGCUUGAGAUGGCUGACCCUUCCCUUUCAAAUAAAUUUUUUCUCCGCCAGGAUUGGAUGGAUGAUACUGACGGUAGUAGUGAUUCCAUUUUAAAGCAUAAGCCUCUUUGGGCUACAUAUGACUCAAAACUUGGCAAGAAGAAAAAGAAAACAGUAAAGAAAGAGGGAAGUUUAUAUCGGACCUAUGGAACCAGAGUAAUUCCUGUCUUUGUGCUAUCACUGGCUGAUGUUGAUCCGCAGCUUAUGAUGGAAGAUGAAAGUCUUGUAUGGACUAGCAAGGAUGUUGUCAUUGUACUUGAGCAUCAAAAUGAAAAAAUACCUUUAAGCUAUGUUUCAGAAACAGAGAGAAGGUAUGCCUUUCCAUCACAGGCUCAGCGCCAUAUAUUAGCUGGACUAGCUUCCGCUGUGGGAGGAUUGAGCGCACCGUAUGAGAAGGCUUCUCAUGUGCAUGAAAGGCCAGUUGUGAAUUGGCUCUGGGCAGCUGGUUGUCAUCCAUUUGGACCAUUUUCUAACACUACUCAAGUUAGUCAAAUGCUUCAAGAUGUUGCAUUGAGGAACACUAUAUAUGCGCGUGUGGAUUCCGCACUUCGCAGAAUUCGUGAUACAUCAGAGACUGUACAAAACUUCGCAGCAGAGUAUCUGAAAACCCCGCUUGGUGAACCGGUGAAGGGAAACAAAAACAAAACAACAGCCAAGCUGUGGUUGGAGAAGUUUUACAAAAAGACCACUCACUUGCCGGAACCUUUUCCGCAUGAAUUAGUUGAACGAUUGGAGAAAUACUUGGACAAUCUUGAGGAACAGCUAGUAGAUUUGUCUUCACUGUUGUACGACCAUCGCUUACAAGAUGCACAUUUGAACAGCUCAGAAAUCUUCCAAAGCUCCUUAUUUACGCAGCAGUAUGUAGAACAUGUAUUGUUUAACGAAAGGGAAAACAUGAGGUGUUGCGAAAUCGAGUACAAAUACCCAGUGCAGUCUUCUCAAGCUUACAUCUAUGGAGGGAUUCUUAUAGCCGGAUUCGUAGUGUAUUUUGUUGUCAUUUUCUUUUCAUCUCCUGUGCGCUGACAUAAAAAAAAUUAAUUGUUUUGAGGGUUACAUGCCUCUCUUUGUAGAAGAAUGUAGAAGGAAAACUACGUCAACAUAAUAGAAUUUAGUAAGGGUGGCAAUUCGUGUCAGUGGGUCGUAU